CCUGGCGUAAAGGGGAACUGGCGUGCUUCAGUCCAGCAGUCUGCUUGUGAAAUGUGUAACUGUAAACUAUGUACUUUGACGAAUGUUAUAUGUGAAUGAGUUGAAUUCCAUUUACUUUACUUUGAUUUACUGGACGAAGGUUUAAAUAUCUUCGUAGUAGUUCGUGAGCCAAGUGACACACGGUCUCACAAAUAAUUGCAUUGUCACGUUCAUCGUUUUCGACAAUGCUUCUGAUAACGCCGUUGCUGACAAGCGUUCACUUGACAAGUCACCUGCAGCCGAGGGCUCGGUGGAGGCUGCGGUAGUCGGUGAGUUUGACGAGGGGGCGGGCGUCCGCCCGCCUGCCUGAUUAGCCGGCCUGUUCCUGUCAGCACUUUGGAGUCCUCAGCAUCGUUACACGAGCUUAUCGUCAGCCCGCAGACAUGAGCGGUCGGCUGCCGGACCUCAGCCCCAAACAGGCUGAAGCACUGCGACAGUUCAGGGAGAGGAUUCAAGACGUUCUUGCUCAACUUCCUGCCCAGCAUGACCACUUUCUGCUGCGCUGGCUCAGAGCCAGAAACUUCAACGUGCAGAAGUCGGAGGCCAUGUUGCGAAAGCACAUCGAGUUCAGGAAACAAAUGAAGGUGGACACCAUCAUCACUGACUGGCGGCCGCCCGAGGUGAUUGAGAAGUACCUGUCGGGCGGCAUGUGCGGCUACGACCGCGACGGCAGCCCCGUGUGGUACGAUGUGAUCGGUCCCGUGGACCCCAAAGGUCUCUUCCUGUCCGCCUCCAAGCAGGACUUCAUCCGCUCCAAGAUCCGAGACUGCGAGAUGCUGCAGCAGGAGUGCGCCGCCCAGUCGCAGAAGCUGGGCAAGAACGUGGAGUCCAUCACCAUGAUCUACGACGUGGAGGGCCUGGGGCUCAAACACCUCUGGAAGCCUGCCAUUGAGACUUACGGCGAGAUCCUGCAGAUGUUUGAGGACAACUACCCAGAAGGCCUGAAGAAGCUUUUUGUCAUCAAAGCUCCUAAACUCUUCCCGGUGGCCUACAACCUCAUCAAGCACUUUCUGAGCGAGAUCACGCGGCAGAAGAUCUUCAUCCUCGGCGCUGACUGGCAGGAAGCGCUACUCAGGCACAUCGACCCUGAGCAGCUGCCCGUCAUUUACGGCGGGAAACUGACUGACCCCGACGGAGACCCUCGCUGUCGGACCAGGAUUAAUCACGCGGGUCCGGUUCCUACUUCCUACUAUGUGCGCGAUCACGUAUCGGUGGAAUACGAUCGCUGUUUGACCGUCAGUCGAGGGUCCACAAGACAACUGGAUUACGAGAUCCUCUUUCCGGGAUGUGUCCUCAGAUGGCAGUUUUCCAGUGAGAGUGCCGACAUCGGCUUCGGCGUCUUCAUGAAAGCCAAAAUGGGCGAGUGGAAAAAGGCGACCGAGAUGGAGGCGGUGGUGCCGAGUCAACGCUACAACGCUCACUUGGUGCCCGAAGACGGUUCACUAACGUGCGAGCGCCCCGGCGUGUACGUGCUGCGAUUCGACAACACGUACAGCAUCUUCCAGGCCAAGAGAAUCAGCUUCACCGUGGAGGUUUUGCUGCCAGACCACUUGAAGACCCAACAGGCCGCUGCAGUGUCCAAUCAGAAUAAAGACGCAAUGGAACGCAAUCAAUCGUAGCCAAGGAUGUCAGAAGCAGUUGGGG